UGAAACUGUUCGGUAGAAUCACUAAAUCUAAAAUGGCAUUCAAACUCAUUACUUUCGCUGCUUGUUUGGCCGCUGCUCAAGCUGGAAUAAUUCCAGCCGCACCUUUAGCUUAUGCCGCCCCAGUUGCGUACGCCGCUCCUGUAGCUAAAGCUGUUGUUUCCGAAGAAUACGACCCACAUCCACAGUACAAUUACGCUUACGAUAUCCAAGACGGUUUGACUGGAGACAGCAAAAGCCAACGCGAAUCCCGUGACGGUGACGUAGUCCAAGGUAGCUACUCUCUCAUUGACGCCGAUGGUUUCAGACGUACCGUUGACUACACUGCUGACCCUGUAAACGGAUUCAAUGCUGUUGUCAACAGGGACCCCCUCGUCCAGAAAGCUGUUGUUGCCAAAGUUGCUGCCCCAGUUGCCUACGCAGCUCCAAUAGCUAAGAUUGCCGCUCCACUUGCCUAUGCCCAACCCGCUAUCGCCAAAGUAGCAUACUCUGCUCCAGUUGCUCAAUACUACCACUAAGAUUGAGACUUGAC